AUGGCCACAUCUGUACUACCUGAUGACCUGGUGGUGGAGAUCCUGUCUCGGCUGCCGCUCAAGUCCUUUUGCCAUUUCAAAUGUGUCUGCAAGUCUUGGCUUGCGUUCUCAUCUGAUUCAUACUACUACCAGAAGCUCCCAAGAGCCCAUGCUGGUCUCCUUCUUUGUAAAUGGGGUGCUGUAUGUGAGGUAGUUAUGGGGGCAUUGCCUCUGGCACUCGAUGCACCUGACACACGCACGCAGUUGCUCAAUGAUAGGACCAUUCAGCUACCAGGAUUUCCAAAUGGACUAGAGAAUAAGUUUUGCUGCCUUGACGGGUGUCUUGGCCAGUCAUCUGGACUCUUAUGCUAUGCACAACAAGAAUUGGAUGGUUGCAUGAUGCGGAUUUGGAGUUUGGAAGGCUCUGAUAGGUGGGUGGUGAAGCAUCGUGUAAGUAUGGUCAACGUAUUUGGGAGUGAUAUCUUGCUCCAUAUUAAUAGUCAAGGAUCGUGGUAUUUCGAUUAUGACAUCCUGACAUUUGACUUGGAGAGAGAGCUGGUUAUCCUUCUUGACCUUACUACUGAUAAGGUGCUCUCAUUUAGCAUUAGCACUGGAGAAGGCUCAGAGAUCCUAAAGAUUCCAAGGUUCUUUAACCAAUAUCGAGGUCUACUCUAUGUGCCAUACUACCGCAAGUUCCAGCUUCAGGGCUUAAAGGGGCUCAAGAUCAAUGCUAGCUUGUAA